UUCUCGGAUACCACGAGUCUUUUAAGACGCUUGAUGGAUUUCUGCCACUGGUUCAAACCCAACCAUGGUUCUCGGGGAAUUUUUCACACGGGAGCGGGACGGAAUGGGCACACGGAACGGCUCGGACGGCUUGAAGGCAUAGGGGUGGAGAGAAGAAGAGUAGCGAUUUGUUGAUGCGCUACCCACGUGGUGACGUUGCCAUUGGCGUCUUGCCUGUUUGUCACUUAGAUGAUAUUUCUCUCCUUUUCUUCAGGACUUUAGUUUUGUAUUUUUCUUUUUCUUUUUUCUUCUCUCUGUCUUGCGGUAAAACUAACAGGGCGGUAAACUUCUUUUUUCAUGUCAUGAUCAGCGACUGGGACGGGAAACAAAAUUUGCGUACACGGAUUAUAGCUGGAUUCAUUGUUGGUUUACAUGUGUUUUUGUGCUUUGCUUUGCUUUAUAACGUUCAUGCUGCCCUUUUUCUUCUUGCUUUGUCCUUAUCUAUGUUUCGGUUCGACACGUUAACGAGCAUUCAAACGGCUUUUCUUCAUCGCUCUUGUAGGUUUGUGCUUAAGAUUUUUUCCUGGAAGUCAAUAUAUAACAGACUUGCUUCAUAUUUUAGACUUGCUCGCUAGAUGGCCACGCGGAAAGGUAACCAUUGACUCUUGCUUAAUACGGGAGUUGCCAUGUAAAUGCUAUAUGUACUUGCUUGAUAUCGCUCGCGAGACACAAGGAAAAAAUCAAGUGAUCCCAACGAAAGCUUCUCC